UGGGAGGAGAGAGUGCAGCGGCUUGCGGUAGGUUUUUGGUGAUUGGGGAAGAAGAAGAUGACAAUCGACGACGAAAAUUCGGUAUACGUAGGCGGCCUUCCGUACGAAGCCUCCGAAGACAGCCUUCGCCGAGUUUUCGAUCUCUACGGUCACGUUAUCGCCGUCAAGAUUAUCAAUGACCGUGGGGUGGGUGGAAAAUGCUAUGGCUUUGUUACAUUCACGAAUCCUCGAUCAGCAAUUGAUGCCAUCAACGACAUGGAUGGCAGGACAAUUGGUGGGCGAGUUGUGAGAGUAAAUGAAGUUAAAAGCAGAGGUGGAAGAGCAAAUUUUAUCCGUGAAGGUUUUCGACGUAAUUCUGAGAGAGGGGGCUGGGAUAGGGGCAGAGAUCACGAUAGGGAUUAUGAUCGUGAUAAGGGCCGGCACUGGGAUAGAAGCAAAGAUAGGUCUGAUGACCAUGAUCAAGACAGAGAAAGAGGAUAUGACCGUGGACAUGACCGAACAAGGGAUCAUUCCAUGGAUGGAGAUAGAGAUUGGGAUCAAGACAAAGAUUUUGAAGAUAAUCAGCUAAAGCAUGGUAGGAAGCGCGACAGAAAUUGGGAAGGAGAUGAUGAUUUGGAUGGGAGCCAAGAUAAGGAGAUGCAGAGAACCGAUAAUCAUCACAAAAGCGGAGACAAGGACAAGGAUCAAACCUCAAAGAAAUUAAAUGGUUUGGAUUUUAGUGAACGAAAUAGUAGAGAACUUUCAUCAGAAUCAAGUGACGAUGGUCAUGAUGAGGUGCAAAAACAACUGGGACUUUCAAAUCAACAACUUGAAGAACUUCGAGAACAGAUAUCUAAAAUGGAAGAGAUGGCAGAAGAGAAGCAACAACUUGUUACAAAAUUACAGGAGAAAUCCCAGAAAUUGGAGGAUGCAUUGACUGCUGCAAAGAAGAUUUCCUCCCACCAUCGGAUGCAGUUGACUAAGCUUCACAAAAGUUUUCUGCAUGUGAAAGACUACAAUGAAAGGCUUAAAAACUCAGAACAGGAACUCCGGUUACUUGUUGAUUCAACAACAAUAGAGGUGGAUUCUUGACUGAGAUUUGGGCUUUAGGGAUGGGGGAUGAGUCGCCGGAAUGGCAUGCUCCACCGGGCUCCGGCGACUGGUAAUAUCAUCCGUUUUGCAUUUCAUGGGCGCCAUUGUGCAGUCCUUGUAUUCACUCUAUAUGCUGCCUGUAUUGGUAUUGUUACUUUUUUUUUUUUUUUGGUGCCUUUUUUCGUGAAUUGCAGCCUUGUUUGGAUAGGUCUUCCAGAGAUGCUUUUGUUACCAUAUAAUGCUUACAUAUUGUGUAAAUUAUUUUUUUUUCCUCC